ACACAGCGCAUAGAAUAGAGAGGACCGUUGGGGAUGCGGCAGUCAACACCAAUAUUUUGCUUUACAAACACAAACUCAAUCUUGUGUCGAACAAUUUUGAAUUGAAUUCAAGAAGAAAAGCUUUGAAAACAAAUGAUCACUGCCAGACGCCAUGGCUGGCAACGCCCCUUCCAUCCUUUGCAGAUGGUGGGAAUCGCGGUUUUUAGUUUUCUGGUGGUGACCUUCUACACAUUCCUGGGACUUUUCCUGGGAAAUCGAAUCGCGGAGAUUACAGUCACCACAGUCUUCUCCAUGGUUGCUGUUUCGGUCAUGUUUCUCUUCAUCCGGUGCACCGCGACGGACCCAACUGACAGAACCAGCUUCAAGAAGAAGAAGAAGAAGAAGAAGAAGAAGAAAGGCUCCAGAGGAGGUGGUAAAGGGUACCCGGAACUUAAUCACUGGUUCAUUCUGGGGCAGAUUAUGGUCAGGUUCUUGAGGAGAGUGGAGAAGAAGCUUCUUAGGACUUUUAUAAGGAGGAGUUAUCUGGAUCCGUGGAAGACCAGCACUCAUAUGGAGCCGUUGGUUCCUUUUCCAUUUGUGCUCAUGAAAGACGACGACGCUGUCUCUCCCGAUCUCAGAGAAGACGACAUCUCGUUUUGUGCACUCUGCGACUUCGAGGUGAAAAAACGAAGCAAGCACUGCAGGACAUGCAACCGGUGCGUUGAAGGCUUCGAUCACCACUGCAGGUGGUUAAACAACUGUGUUGGUAAAAAGAACUACACCACAUUCAUUCUUCUGAUGGUUUUCGUUUUGUUACUUUUGAUCAUAGAAGGAGGAACAGCAAUUGCCAUAUUUGUCAGGUGCUUCACCGAUAAAAAUGGAAUAGAGCAGGAGCUGAAGAGGAAACUCUACCUAGACUUUCCAAGAGCUGUUCUUGCCACAAUAUCGGUCUUGCUAACUCUAUUGACAGCUUAUGGUUCAGCAGCAAUGGGACAGCUUUUUUUCUUUCAUGUGGUCCUCAUCAAGAAGGGAAUCAGAACAUAUGACUAUAUCCUGGCAAUGAAAGAGGAGAUCAACCAGUCUAUGGAAAUGGAUCCAUUUAAUGAUGAUUCAGAUUUCUCCUCAGAUGAGAGCAUUAGUGAUUUUGAUUCACCCGAAAAGCCGUCAUGUGUAUCAAGGUUUAUAUGCAGAGGACAUGAUGCAGGAAUUCAGAAUCCCAGAAGGCUGUCCAUAAGAAUUGAUGGAGAUCCUCAGCCCUCCACGUCAACCAAGCCACAAGGUUUCCGCGUCAGCAUUAAUCCAUGGAGGCUGAUAAAGUUGAGCAAAGAGAAGGCAUUGCUCGCAGCUGAGAAAGCCAGAGAAAGAAUUUUGAAACAGAAGCCAUCUGCAGAGCAUGAUUCAUUGAGACCACUACCAUUAGAGACGAAAUCCGGACCAUUGACGAUGAGCACAGAUAGAACCACAGCCACUGCAACUACAGCAGGAUCAGGCUUAACACCUUUAAUAUCGAAAGGGGGGUGGAUGCCAGGGUCACCCGUCGCAAAGUUUUCAAGCCCAAGAAGGAGGUUUUCUGGCUCACCAACUAUGUUCACUGGCAUUGUUCCCUCACCAAAGCACAAGUACAAAAGUAACUUUGACUUGAAGUUGACAGAGGUGUCCAGGGAGCUGGAGACCUAUAUCUCGAGGCAGGUUCUGUGUUCUGUUAUAAAGAAGGAUGGCAGUGAAGCAUCCCCAAGAUAAACUGGGAUUAUGUUUAAAACUAUUUAGAUAGGGAUUUUUUCGAGACUGAUACUCCUUAAAUUAUUACACCACCUAUUCAAUGUUAUUUAACUUUUAUGAAAAUGCAAGUUAAUGGUAUAGAAAUUUCCCCUGCAUCAAACUGA